AUCCAACGAGUGCGGGCGAGCAAGGCGCCAAGCAGGCUGCCUCGGGCCAGACGCAAGAAGCGGCCCCUCCCUCAUACACCACAGUGGCUCCUUACUUUUCCAAUGCGGAUCCAAUCCACACCAUGCCUACCUACAACAUCCUCCUGCUCGGCCAGACGCAAGCCGGGAAGAGCACUUUUGUACAGGCGGUCAGAAAAUAUGCAGACCCAAACUGCAAGAUCGAUUACCAAACUAUUGGAAACGGCAACAGUUCCCAUACCUCGGAGGUGCAAGCCUACUCUAUCGAGACGCAGUUUCCAGAGUACCAGCUGUACGACACUUCUCCUCACCACCCACUCAGCGUCAUGCAAUACAUUCAAGACUCUCCAAUGGAACGCGAGCUGAACAUCGUAGAUAUCCUUGGCAGUCCCACCCUCAAGGAACACCGGAAGAAAAUUGGUCGGGUCGAUGAUUACGAGCUUCGCCUUGACUGCUCCUCUCUCCGCCCUACAAGCGUUAUCCACAUCUUUGAUACUCCAGGCCUGAAUGACACCAACGGUCGCGACGAACGGAACGUUGCAAAGACCCUUUCCGCUCUUUCCCGUUCUGGAGCCGUCCACCUUGUUCUCAUUCUAAUCUCACGACGCGUUCCACUGACACCUGAUCUGCAGGACACGCUAAGGACCUACUCGAACAUUUUUUCGGCCAUGAAUGGACUUAUUGCAUUCGUACACACCAAUGUAGACUUCAAGACCCAACACCCUGAAGACAAGGAUUUGAUGGGAUACAUAGAUGAUAGGAGAGCAGAUCUAGCGAGGAUCAUGGGACGAAAAAUUCCACAUUUUCUUAUAGAUUGCGACCUAGAAGAGGAGCGACUCGCCUGUGUGUAUCUCAGGCAUCGCAUCAUUCGCUACCUGCUUCUCCUCGCAAGAUUCAAUGUGCCGGUUUCUUUGCAGAAUAUGCAGCUCUGCAAGACCGAAAAAAUGAAUAGAGUCGACGAACUCAUCGCCAAGGAGAACAGAGAAAAGCUGGCACAGAUCAAGAAAAGCUGCUCUGAGGUCGACAAGGCCAUUCGCGAUAUCGAUUUUAAAGCCAAUGAGAUCCGAUACGAGAUCCGAGAGCUCGAGGAGUUCAUCCGCAACCACGACAAGGAGGAUGUCGAGUUAAUCCACGAGGUCCACUUUGAACAAAACUGGGUACUUUUCGGCUCACGACAUGAAUCGGAGCUCAGGUCGCCCGACUUUGAGUUCUCGAUCGACUCCAUUUCCGUAUACCAGUUUGGAAUCGAUGUCAAAGAGAUCAGAGGCGGCGAGGGUUGCAAGUUUUGGAGCGUACGCCUGACCAGGCAAUCCUUUCACUACGGCACCUAUCAUGCCAAGCUGUACACCAAGCGAUGUAACAGGCACAUGCAGGAGAUCCAAGAGCGCAAGGGCAAGCUGGAUAGCCACAGGAUAGAUUUGGAGAGGCUACUUCAGGAUCGUAACUUUUUGGAUAAUGAGGAUGCAGGGCAGUGUGACAUCCAAGCACAAAGGCAGCAGCUGGCGGCUGAGAGUAGCCGUUGCCUGGACAUGAUUGCCCGUGCAUCCCGUCCUACUUUGCAUUUGAAUCUGUUCAAGGCUAUUGCGGAAGCGGGCGUGUACGAAGGCACGCCUGCUGAAUGCGUAGAAAAGGUCUCAAACUUCUACUCGAGCUAUAUCCCCACGGCGGGCGAGGAGACACCCCUGAUGGCUCAUGGGCUGUAGUAACAAGAGUCUUUGUCAGCUAUGCCGUUCGAGCGCAUGCGCAGUGAUGGGUGACAACCGCAAGAUGCAGUAUCAUUUACACGCUUGCCUUGCAGCGAUAUCAGCUUGUGGAGACACCGGGUCUUCAUUUCCUUCAAUAUCCAUCCCACAUUUCGCGGCACAUCAGUCAUAGCUGGACCACACCAAAGAAUAAAGACAAC